AUGGUCGAUUCUUGUUCACCUGAAUCCAUCCAAAACGCAAUCGAUGAAAUCGAGAAUGAAAAUCUGGAUAUUGCAAUCAACUCAAUCAAAUAUCUCCAACAACAAAUUUCCGAAUUCCAAUUUGACGAUUAUGAAACAAUCUUUCAUAAAUUGUUCGAAUCAAUGUCUGAAAAAUGUUGUGAUUCGGCAAAACUCGAAGCUAGUUUGGAACUUAUCCAGAAGCUUUGCAUCGAAAAGCAAUACGAUUUUUUCGAAUUCAUAAUUUCUCAAAUUUUCGACCAAAAAUAUCGUUUCAAAGCUUAUCUACGUCACAAUAUUCUGGGAUAUUUGAAACAAACAUCAGGCGAACAAUUGUUCGAUCAUCUUUUCACAACAAUUCAGAGACGUUGGAUUUAUGAUGCUUAUAACAGGGAGGAAAUCGAGUGUCAAAUAUUGGAGAUGUUUUGUGUGACUUUCUCGAAAUCCGAUAUUAUCGAAUAUGAAAAAGAGUAUGCUUUCGAAGUUUUGACAAAAAUGUUCAAGACACACAUGGAUAAGCCAAAAUUUCGCUUUUUCAUGUUUAAUUCGGAUUUGGUGGAUUUUUUCGAUAUUGCUUAUUAUGGUAUUGUAUAUAAUGAGAUUAGUGUUGCUGACCUUAAGAUGUUCGGAGAUGAAUUGAUUCAGACAGCACAUAAAAUGCGGGGUGAUGAUAAGACAUCGAAAAUGAUGGAGAAAGAACUUAUUGAUAAAGUAUGUUUCGAAAAAUUCUUUAAGAGGCUUCUCGGGGCUUCUCAGGGAUUGUGGGGGCUUCUGGAAACUUCCGGGGGCUUCUGGGAGCUCCUAGAGCCUCCUAGAGGCUUCAAUAAGCUUUCAGGGCUUUCGGAGGCUUCCCAAGCCUUCUUCUACAGUAAUUACAGUAACCUUGGCGCCAAAAAUCCAAAUAUUCAUUUUUUACAGUACCUCAAAAUGCUCUUGCCACAUGGAACGAUGUGUGCUGCCACAAAUCUUCACAACUCCUACGUCUUGACCUCCGAAGAAUUUGAAAACAUCCAGAAGAAAUUUGAAAACUGUGCUCUGGAAAAAAAUUGGUUGGGAUUGGAGAAUAUAGUUGAAAAUCAGGAUGACAGUUCGGACGAAGAUGAAAGUUCGGUAGAAGACGAAGAUGAAAGUUCGGAUGAUGAUGAGGAGCUGGGAGAAGCUCAAAAUCAAAAAAUCCAGCAUGACACUUGGGGCCAAGAACCUGUUCAAUAUGAUCCGUCUGAACUUUUGAGCGAUGAGGAAAAUCAGACAUUGAACAAUGAACAUUCUGACGAUGAUGACAGAUCGGAGGACAAUUGGGGCGUUGGAAAAAAUGCGGUUCAAUAUGACAUCGAUGAGGAAGAUCUAGACCAAACUGAAAAUCAAGGGGGAAUUGCUGAACGCCAGCCUGACACGUGGGGCCAAGAACCUGUUGAAUAUGACGGGCCUGAAGAUUUGGAAACAGAGGAAAAUCAGGAUGAAGAUAUCGUGGAGGAUGAAAUUGUUGCUGAAAAUGAUGCUGCUGAAACUUCGCAAGAAAAAGAAGAGGAUCAAACUUUCUUCUCAUAUUUGACUUCAUUCUUCUAUUAA